GCAUGUGUGCGGCCGCGUUCUAUAGUUAUUAUAAGCGAAAUCCGGGGGAGGGUAUGUACUUAGUGUAUGCCUCUGCAGAGGGUGAGCCGAUGAGAAUGCCUCCAGAGAUAGAGGUAGUGGUCGUUAAUUACCCUGAUCUAUUUGAAGAGUCGAAAGGGGUUGUUGAGAGGGAGGUCGUCCAUGCGAUAGAGAUUAUCCCAGGGUCUAGUAUUCUGAAGGGUCGGAUCUAUCGGAUGUCUCCAGCAGAGCUUGACGAGCUUCGCCGAGAGCUCAAGUAUCUCAUAAAGAAGGGUUGGAUCCGGCCGAGUGUCUCCCCUUAUGGAUCUCCUGUCUUAUUUGCGCCGAAGAAGGGGGGAAGGUUGAGGACAUGCAUUGACUAUAGGGGCCACAAUGCCAUCACUGCGAAGAACUCGGAGCCCCUACCGCGCAUCAAUGACUUGUUGGACCGAGUGCAAGGGUGUCGGUACUUCAAUAAGAUAGAUCUGAAGUCCGGGUACCAUCAGAUUGCAAUCAGGCCCGAGGAUCAACACAAGACCGCUUUUCAGACCAGGUACGGUCUGUACGAGUUUGUGGUGAUGCCUUUUGGCCUUUGCAAUGCUCCUGGCACCUUUCAACACGUGAUGAACAGGAUCGUUCAUGACUACUUUGUUGUCGUGUACCUCGAUGGCAUACUCAUCUUUAGUAUGACUGUCGAGGAGCAUGCUGCCCAUGUAGAUGAAGUCCUCAAACAGUAUGACUUUGAGCCCCUGUAUAUCAAAGGGGAGUACAACAAGGUUGCUGAUGCGCUGUCGCCUAGGCCAGACUUCCUUGAUGCGCUGAUUACUGAGUUCGGGCUUGCGGACGAUGUUACUCGAUCUUUGGUGGAAGCCUAUCACGAGGAUCUUUUCAUGGCAAAGAUCAUGCAUAGACUCGAGGCAAAGGAGAAGGUCACCUCUGACGAGUUUGUGUUGGUCGACGACCUGUUGUUCCUCGAGAAGGGCGGGAAUAAACGGGAGUACGAGAAAGCCUUGCGUCGGACGAUACUCGAUCGAGGGGAGAGCUCUCGAGAGAGGUGUGAGGAUUCGCUAGUCGAGGCGGUGGAGAGGUUAGCUCGGGUAAGGGAGACUGGUCCCGCAUGGAUGCAAGAAGAGGCGGUAGGAAGGAAUAUGGGAGACAUCUGGAGAGGGGCUCGGGGCCCGGAGUUCAUGCACUGGGAACGCGAAAACCCGGGUUAUAGAGGUCGCCGGGAGGAGGAAUCAUGGCGACCUCCGAGAGCUCGACCUCGGAUGGAGGAUUUGGACCCUUCCUGGUACAAGCCUUACGAUCCAACGAUAGAUGGGCCGGCCGAAGGGCCUUAUUUCCGUCGAUAUGACAAUCGCCGAGUCGCUUAUUACGAUGUGAAUCUGGGGCUAGAGUCGCUCUAUUUUAACGGGAAGAACGUGACCGGGUUUGUGGAGAAAUGGGAGCGUUACGCCUACCGAAAGAAGUUUUCGGAGAAAGAGUGGAUCGACCACUUUAUACAACAUUCGGACCCAGAGCUGAACCAGGCCAUUAGGGCCGUGUACCCGUCUGAUGGAAGGUGGAAGACCUUCAAGAGCAGCCUAUUGAGGAUCUUUGCGUGUGACGAUAUGAUCCCCACGAUAGAAGGGCUGCAACGGGUGAUAAGAGAAGAGCAAGAAAGCCUGGUGGCCUUUACUCGGAGGUUCAAACGUUUAUCGCAGGCCUUGGUGGAUAGAGGGAUGCUUUCGGAAGUCGACAGGUGCGUAAUGUUCAUGUUGCACCUGCCUGAGGAGAAGAGGAGGGAGGUCCUCGAAAAGGCCCCUAGGGACUCUGCUAACUUCGAAAGAGUCGCCGAAGUGGUCUUCACGGGAGGAGGGGUGGGCGUAUGGGAGUAUAUGAAGGAGAGUCUGGACAUGGCACUCCGGAGUAUGCGCUCCCAAAAGGGCGACGGUCCCCCCGGGAACGAAAGACAGCCCCCUGGGCCUCCCGCCCAACGCUGGGGAGGAGGGCCCCCGGGUUGGCGGAACGAACCCGGCAACCAAGGGAAUUGGAGGAACGAUCGAGAGGCCGGAGGGAAUCGGGUCUCGGAAUGGGGAAAUUCCCGCUGGAAGGAUGCGAGGGACGGAAGAUGGGGAGACCCUCCUCCACCUAGGGCCGUGGGAGCUCGACCAGAGGUGUCGAGCAUCAAGUUCGUUGAGACCCAGCUCGAAGAGGAAGGGCCUUGCCUAAGGGUAAGGACCCAAGUUGGGGUCGGGCCAUCUAAAGGCAAGGAAAGCGCGACGGAGGGUGCAGGGAGAAGGAGCGGCAACGACGACCAACCGAUGGUCGACGCCAAAGGCAUGGAAGAGAGGAAGGGGGAAGAACCCACUUCACCUAAGUCGCCUAGGAAAAAGGGGGCGAAAAAGUUCGAGAUGAAAUGCACCUUGGACGAAAUAGACACGGUAGCUCCCCUACGGAGGACCCUAAUGCAGCCUAUGCAAUGCACCAUUUUGGAGUGCUUAGCAGCCAGCAAGAGCGCUAGAGAUGAGCUCCUAAGCAUCACAAGGAAAGUGAGAAUUCCGCUCGCUGGGGGGGCCACGGUUCCUGGGGAUGGACCAGCCAAAGAAGAAGUGCAGUCCUCCCGGAUCACUAUGGAGGAACUGCCGGCGAAUUUCUUCUCGGAAGAGGAGGCCAAAAGGUUCUAUGUAUUAGGGAGCGGCCAACUCCAAGCAGUGGUGAGUGGAAAGAAGAUGAGGGCUCUGGUGGAUAACGGGUCCGAAUCCACGGUGUGUACAGACUCCAUUGCCAGGGAGUUAGGUUUGGAAGUAGAUAGAGGGGUGUCCAUGUCGAUGGUAGUUGCGGAUAACAAGCUGCAGUCGGCAGAGGGGGUGUGUCAUAACCCCAUGAUCGAGGUCGCCGGCGUCGAAGCCACGGUCCCGAUAUUCUCGGUAAAGGAGUGUUCCUCCGAGUUGAUCCUCGGGAGAACCUGGCUGAGCGCGGUCCACGCUACCACGGUUGACCUUCCGGACGGGAGUCAGACUCUCUCGAUCCAGAGUCCGGAUGGGAUCCGAGUGGUCCUAAAAACUGUGGACGCUCAAGAUGAGCGAAACCGGACCAGUAUUCCAAGGCGAAAGAAGCCCAGUCAAGGGUGUGCCAAGUCCGUCUAGAAGAACCACCCUUUACUGAUAAGGAACCCUCGAG